GCCGUCGGACGGGCGGGAAGGGGCGGCCGCUUGGGAAGGAUGGCGGCGGCGGCAGCGGCGGCGGCGGUGGGAGUGGGCGCGGGCGCCGGUGGCCCAGGAGCUGCAGGCGGCGGCAGCGGGGCGCGUGAGGGCGCGCGGGUGGCGGCGCUGUGCCUACUGUGGUACGCGCUGAGCGCGGGCGGCAAUGUGGUCAACAAGGUGAUCCUGAGUGCUUUUCCAUUCCCCGUGACCGUGUCGUUGUGCCACAUCCUGGCGCUGUGCGCGGGGCUCCCGCCUUUGCUGCGCGCCUGGCGCGUGCCCCCCGCGCCGCCCGUCUCGGGCCCUGGGCCCGGCCCGCAUCCGUCGCCCGGCCCGCUGCUGCCGCCGCGCUUCUACCCGCGUUACGUGCUGCCGCUCGCUUUCGGCAAGUACUUCGCGUCAGUGUCCGCGCACGUCAGCAUCUGGAAGGUGCCCGUGUCCUACGCGCACACCGUCAAGGCUACUAUGCCCAUCUGGGUGGUUCUCCUGUCCCGGAUCAUCAUGAAGGAGAAACAGAGCACCAAGGUGUACCUGUCACUCAUCCCCAUCAUCAGCGGCGUCCUGCUGGCCACUGUCACCGAACUGUCCUUCGACAUGUGGGGGCUUGUCAGCGCCCUUGCUGCCACACUGUGCUUCUCACUUCAGAAUAUUUUCUCCAAAAAGGUGUUAAGAGAUUCAAGGAUCCACCAUCUUCGGCUACUGAACAUCUUGGGCUGCCAUGCUGUCUUUUUUAUGAUCCCCACGUGGGUCCUGGUGGACCUCUCAGCUUUUUUGGUCAGCAGCGACCUGACAUAUGUGUCCCAGUGGCCCUGGACACUUUUGCUCCUGGCUGUCAGCGGCUUCUGUAACUUUGCCCAGAAUGUCAUUGCCUUCAGCAUCCUCAACCUCAUCAGCCCUCUGAGCUACUCCGUCGCCAAUGCCACCAAGAGAAUCAUGGUCAUCACUGUGUCCCUGAUCAUGCUGCGAAACCCAGUCACCAGCACCAACGUCCUGGGCAUGAUGACGGCCAUCCUGGGGGUCUUUCUGUACAAUAAGACUAAGUAUGACGCAAAUCAGCAAGCCCGGAAGCACCUCCUCCCCAUCACGACAGGAGACCUGAGCAGUAAGGAGCACCAUCGGAGCCCCCUGGAGAAACCCCACAAUGGCCUCCUCUUCCCCCAGCAUGGGGACUAUCAGUAUGGCCGCAACAACAUCUUGACAGAUCACUUCCAGUACAGCCGGCAGAGCUACCCAAACUCGUACAGUUUGAACCGUUAUGACGUGUAGAGACCAGCAAGCAGGGCAGGACAUUCUGCCACCUCUCCCCCCGGUCCCCCAGCAGCACCAGGUACUUCUGACAACCAGUGAAUGUAUAAUCCAGCCAACGGGGGACAGUGCAGAACCAUCAGAAGACCCCGGGGUUCCCAGCCCCCAGGAGCAGCAGGAUGCACCCCAAGCUCCCAUGUUUCGUACCCUUUCUUCCUGGAGUCUGUCUUCCGAGGGUGUAUUGCUGUGGAAAUCUUAGCCAGGUUCUAAUCUUUCUGCGUGGAUUUCUUCCCCAAGUCAUGUUUUUCAGAGAUCUCUCUUCCCAGAUGAACAUCCAGGACCCUCUCUGGAAAGGAUACAGAACUCAGAGCGGGCGAGAGGUAGUUUGUGGGGAGGGUGCCAAGGAAAGACCCUGGGGUGGUGCUGGGUGACAGACUAGCCGCUUUAAUUCUACUGCUCAGGUAAGCGUAGGAUGGAGGCACGUGUGGUGCAGAGGCGUGCCAGGGUUAUUGGAAACAUCUCCAACCACACAGUUGGACCCAGCUCUCUGGUCAGCUCCAUAGCUGUUGGCAAUUGACGAACGUUCCUCAGUGCGAAGCUAUUGCAAUUAGAAUUGAAUUCUUAGAGCUGACCUGCAAGGCGGGUUUGGCAUGUGCCCGGAACUGGAGGGAAGGGCAGGGUGGCCACUGUUUCCUCAGCUCCCUCUUCCCUUGCUGAGCAGAGCAUCUCUCCUCCAAGGCAGCGAGCAGGAGGGGACAUGGGGCUGUGAGGAGGAUCAUGAGGAAAUCAUGUUCAGUGUUUCAAGCUCUAUUUCCGUAAUACUGACUUUGUUUUCUGAUGCAUCUUCACUUCUUUGCUGACUUCGAAGGAUGUUUGAUGGGGAGAUGUUGGUUUUACAAGGAGCUUACAUUUUUCUGGGGACUAUUUUGUAGUUGUCUAUGUAUUUCUGCUGUCGUCCCCCUUCAGGGAUGCAGGAUGCCUGAGGAUUGGCAGAUGUUUGGAAACUCCUUUUGUUUUUAAACGUUUAAAAACAAGAAAAGCUGCCAGUGAUGCCUGUCUUGGCACAUUUUCUGCAUUUAGUAGGGAACAAUGAAGUGUUUGGAAGCGCUUUGCUAGUGAUCACAGUCUCCGAAAGUGCAGUGAAUCAAAAAUGUCAUCUAGGAGUUCCGUCAUGGCUCAGUGGUUGACGAAUCCAACUAGGAACCAUGAGGUAGCAGAUUUGAUCCCUGGCCU